AGUGAGACGUAAACAAAUUUGUAUGACUGUCAAGUGUUUGAUUUGAAACUGAGGCACAUCUGCAGAGCUCACAAGCAAGAGCAAAAAUAGAGAUUUGAUAUGAUCAGAAUGUUGGGGUUUCUCCACAAAUCUCUAAGGCUGUCUCUCACACAUUCUGGGCAAAACACAGAACACAACAGUCAGAGCCCCCAAAUGCAAUAAAAGUCUUGAACUGAGAGCACUUCUCAGUUAGUUCAAUUCUCACGUUUGUCAAGUGCACACAGAUAGUCAGUCGCUCUCUAUAUAUAUACAGACUGAUAUAUAUCCAGCUGCAAUGUCGGAAUAUAAACGCGUCUUUGACUUCGUUGUUCGAGCCAUCUCCGGAAUCAGCCUGUGGAUCCUUAUGAGCAGCUUGUACCAGGAGCACGAUAAUCCAGGCUCCCACUAUUUGCAUCCGAGGCACCCCAUGCAAUGAAAAUAAACAAGCUAACUAGGGUUGAAUGUUUAGCUUUUAAUGUUUAAAACUUAAGUAUUUAUCUAUGCAAAUUACAAUUAAUAAUAAUAAACGUAAAAUCUUAA